CCUUUUUUUCCCCUUUAAAUACUUUCGACUCAGCUCCCCUUCGUUUCCACGAUCACUCCACUCCUUUCAGAGGAGAGCUUUAGCAAAGCAACGAAUGGAUACAUUCACCGUAGACGAAGAGACGGAAGAUGACGAAGAGACAGAAGGCGAAGCCGAAGACUAUAUUCCCGUGGAGGGGUCGACUAGGGUUUCCCAAAACGGUGCCGUUACGUCCGACCAAGCGAUAAGCGUUAAUGGAGGCAGCGAUGCGGUGUUGGCACUUCGGGUUUCCGACGAGGGGUUCCAAGAAGGGGGAGGUGAGAUGAGAAGAGUGGAAGGAGGAGAAAUUUCGGCGAUGGGGUCUUCGUCGUCAUCCAAUGGGGGUGAGACCCAGGAGGGGUUAGACGGGUGGGUUCAGGAUCAAAUCGAUGGUUUGUGUUGCCCUAUUUGCAUGGAAGCUUGGACCAGUGGUGGCGAGCAUCAAGUCUGUUGUCUUCCUUGUGGGCACAUAUAUGGCAUCUCUUGCAUCAAGAAAUGGUUUCAACAAUGUGGAAGAAGUUCAGGGAAGUGUCCUCAAUGCAAAAGGAAAUGCACAUUGAGAAAUGUUAGAACACUUUAUGCAUCACGGGUUGUUGCUGUGGAUGAAGAUCUACGAAAGAAAAUUCGAUCUCUUGAAGCAAAAUGUGCUAGUCUUGAGAAGAAGAAUGCUGAUUGGUGUAUGAAAGAAUCUGACUGGCAUAAGAGAGAGGCUGAUUUACAUUUACAAGUACAACAACUUAUAGAGAGGACAACUUAUUUGGAGUGCUUGUCAAGUGAAAUGCAUGGCAGAGGGUCAGGAUUAGUUGCUGCAAGGGGACAUAACUUUGCUGAGAAUUUUGGCAGACAGGGUUCCUCUUGCAACUUUGUAUUACAGAAAGAGUUGCAGGUAGAUGGUGCACGAUAUUUUGAUAUAGAUGCUUCUGGUGAAAUUUUGGUGAUCGCUCGAAGGCUGUCUGGGACGGGAGGAACGCAUGUACUUACCAAGAUGAGCUUGAUAUCUCCACAUGAAAUGGAAGAUAUUCUACUUCCUUCUGGUACAAAAGCUGUUAAGGACUUGCGUGUUUCCCCUGCUAAGUGUAGACUUGCACUUUUGGCUUCAUUGGGGAAGAAAUUAUCAGUUCUUAGUAUGGAAAGCAACAAUGUUAUUCUCACAUAUGAUUUGCCAACGGCUGCUUGGUCAUGUUCAUGGGAUCUGAACAGUUCGCAUUAUAUGUAUGCUGGAUUACAGAAUGGCAUGCUUAUGGUGUUUGAUAUGCGCCAAACUGCAAGGCCAAUGGCAGAAAUUAGUGGGCCCACAAGCAAUCCCAUUCAUACUAUACACUCUGUUCUACACAACUCAGCCCUCCCAUCAGGUGUUAGCACCCUUCUAUCUGCUUCUUCAGUUGGUUUGUGCCAGUGGAACUUUGGUGGAAGUGAAGAGAGGCCAUUUCUGGUUCCUGAAACUAAGAAUCACGGAGUUUGCAUAUCCCUUGCUCAUUGUCCGAGCAGUGAUGACAUUGUUUCUACUUUUCGUCCCAAAGUUGAGAUGUCUAAUGAGAUUGCUGUUUCUCAAUAUUCACUUACUCCAUCUGUUAUGGGGCAAGGGAUGCAGGGUUCUCAUGUUCUUCUCAAGAGAGUGGGUGGCAAUUGCUAUCAAAAGUUGGGAUCUUCGUGUGCAAAUGUAAAUGAUGUUCGCCUGCCGAGAUCUGCAAUUAUAGAUUUACAGAGUCACCACCCACUGUUUGUAUCUGGGGAUGAAAUAACACAUGAAUUAGUAUUGCAAGAAUUGCCAUCUUUAAGAGUUUCUCAACGCCUCAAGUCUCAGAAACAUCCUCUCCGUGAUGUUAAAUACUCACAUGAUCUAAGCCCAAGUUUGCUUUGUUGUUUAAGUGAGGACACCUUGCAGUUUUUUUCUGCCAAAUUUUCAUGAAAAAGGUAACUUCGUUUCAGUGGUGAUAUCCUUGCCUCACUUGCUUUGGUUCAUUCUUUUCAUCAAAUGGGUCAUGUUCACAUAUUUACAAAUUUUGUAGAUUAUGGCAUAUGUAAUAGUUUCAAUAGGGGACCAGUUACAUUUUGAAAUUAUUUGUAAAGGUGAUGAAUGUAAAGUUUACUCCUUAUUUGGUAAGAAGUGCAUUUUGUUUUUUC